UCUCUUGUGAAAACAUUGAAUAGUUAUGGGGUCUCUUGUAAAAUUUCAAAAUAUACAUCCGAAGCUCUCUGACGCCGACUGGUAAUACCAGAAAUUACUGGUUUUCCCUGAUUCCGCUCUCUCGAGUUUUCUGUCUGGGUUUAGGGUUUCCGUACACUUCCGGCGACGGAGAGCGUCUGUUCCAACUGUCGCCGACGAUCUGAUCCCGAUUUCCUACCUAACACCCAUCGAAUAGGAAGGUAAGAUGGAAAUUGUCACGAGAGAGAAUGAGAAUGCUUUGUCAGGUCCAAAACCGAUGGAUUGGUCCACUGUCCCGUAUAGUACUCCCCAAGCAUCUGGCAAGCAGCGGACAUCGAGUUUGGAAGCUCCAAUUAUGGUGCUAACUGGGCAUCAGAGUUCUAUAUACACCAUGAAGUUCAACCCGGCUGGAACUGUGAUCGCCUCUGGAUCCCAUGAUAGAGAAAUAUUCCUCUGGAGAAUCCAUGGUGACUGCAAAAACUUCAUGGUCUUGAAGGGUCAUAAGAACCCUGUCCUCGGUCUUCACUGGACCACUAAUGGCUCCCAGAUCGUAUCAGCAAGCCCUGAUAAAACCCUUAGAGUGAAACAAAUCAAGAAGAUGGCUGAACACUCGUCCUUUGUGAAUUCUUGCUGCCCUUCGCGUAGAGGGCCACCUCUUGUAGUCAGUGGCUCCGACGAUGGAACUGCCAAGCUUUGGGGCAUGCGUCAGAGAGGCGCAAUACAAACAUUCCCGGAUGAAUACCAAAUCACGGCCGUCUCUUUCUCUGAUGCGUCGGACAAGAUCUUCACCGGUGGUAUAGACAACAACAUUAAAGUUUGGGACUUGAGAAAAGGCGAAGUGUCCAUUACGCUUCAGGGCCAUCAAGAUACAAUAACGGGGAUGAGUCUAAGUCCCGACGGUUCAUACCUUCUGACCAACGGCAUGGACUGCAAGCUCCGCAUAUGGGACAUGCGGCCAUACGCCCCACUAGACCGGUGCAUAAAGAUUUUAGAAGGGCACCAAAACAACUUCGAGAAGAACCUGCUGAAAUGUGGAUGGUCACCCGAUGGUAGCAAAGUCACGGCUGGUAGCUCGGACCAGAUGGUUUACGUGUGGGACACGGUAUCGAGGCGCAUUCUGUACAAGCUCCCUGGUCACACUGGCUCUGUCAACGAGUCCGUCUUCCAUCCACAUGAAUCUAUCAUCGGAUCUUGCAGCAGCGAUAAACAGAUUUAUCUGGGAGAGAUCUGAACUGUAUGAAACACAUCCACACACGUGAAAGCUUUGAUCUCAUGUCCUGACGAAGCUCCGUAACUGGGUUUGGUUGAAAAUGUUCGAUCUUUGUUUUUUCUUCAAAACCUCUAACCCAUCUUCCACUAAACUCCAUUUAGAUCAAUACAAGAUUUUCUAUA